AUGCCAAGUGUCCUACCAUUUGUCCGUAUUCUCUUAAAGACAUUGCCUCCUAACCGUUUGACUCCUCUUGGUCACUAUACACUCCUUCUUAUACUUAUAUUCAUCUGGUGCCUGUUGAAGACUGUUCUGAAUCAUUCAAGUCGAAAGAUAUGCUUUUGUGCUCAAGAUUUCAUGAUGCACCUAAUUAAAAGAUUCCAAUUUAGUAGAAGUGAAGUUUGCCUAAAAUGGAUUCUUUUGGAUCCUCUCAUUGGCUGUUGGUUACUUAAUCCUGAUAAAUCAUUUUACUUUUUCUCUGAUGUUACAGCCUCUUUGGACUUAAAAGAGUCUCCUGCACUUAAGGAUGAGCCAACUCAGACAAAACUGUCCUCACUACCUCAAGCCUUGGAUAAACUAUCGUUGUGUGCCAAGCUGCUGUAUCAGAAACUUGAGGAAGCUGGAUUGUGGAGACUCUUUCUAGACAUUGAGAUGAAACUUGUCUCAAUUCUUUCAGUUAUGGAGACAAGAGGCAUCUGUACAAAUACAAAAAAACUGCAAGAAAUGCAAAAUAUAUUACAUGAACAUUUAGAUAAUUUACAAGAACAGGCAUAUAAAGAGGCAGGAAGAAAGUUUCAAAUGAAUUCACCACAACAGUUACGAAAUAUACUGUAUGAAGAACUUCAACUUGAUCAGAAAAGCAAUACUAAAGUGAGAGAAACUGCAAAACUUGGUCAAAAGUCAACUUCUGAGCACGUGCUAAGUCUCCUUAAACCAUGGCACCCUCUUCCUGGAACAGUGCUGCAAUAUCGGCACCUACAGAAAAUCAAAUCAACAUUCAUUGAUGGUGUUUUACAGCAGGUAGUUGAGGGGAAAGUAUUUCCUUCAUGGGGGCAGCAUUGUGCUGCUACAGGGCGUAUAACUUCAAGUAAUCCAAACCUGCAAGCAAUACCAAAACAACCUGUGGUUUUAAAAAUUCUGCCAUUUGAAGACAAUAUUUUGCUAUUGCGAUCACCAUAUCAUACCAGAGAUGGGUACACGUUGUUAUCUGCUGAUUUUCAACAUAUAGAGUUACGUAUGCUGGCCCAUUUAUCCAAGGAUCCCCUGUUGAAAGAGAUACUACAGAAACCUGAUGAUAUUUUCACUUCAAUGUCCAGAAUAUGGUUAGGCAAAACCCAGGGUGAAAUAGAAACAGAAGACCGUGAGAAAACAAAAAGAAUAGUGUAUGCUGUUAUGUAUGGUGCUGGUCCAGCAAAACUUGCAGAGUUUCUAAAUAUUAACCAUUCUGAAGCCUCCACACAUUUCCCAGCUAUCAAAAGGUUUUCUAAUGCAGUAGUAAAGGAAUGUCAAGCAAAAGAAUGCCUUCAUACGAUUACUGGCAGACACAGACUUUUCCCUAAUAUUAGUAGCAGCAACAGUGGAUUAAAAUCAUACACUGAGAGACAGGCAGUUAAUUUUCUCAUGCAAGGUUCAGCUGCUGAUAUCUGUAAAUGUGCAAUGAUACGUACAGAACUUGAAUUUUUAAAGCAUCCUGAACUGGAUGUACAUUUAUUAAUACAGAUACAUGAUGAGCUUGUAUGGGAAGUCAAAGAUGAGAAUUUUGAUACUGUGAGAGGUAUACAUUUUGAUUACAGACUCUACAAAGUGGUUUAUCUUCCUGUUUAA